CUCAUCCUCUCCCUCCCUCCAACUUCACACCAACAACACCCAAACCCACCAUCACCUAAACAAAACAAAAUCAAAAAAUCCCACUGCCAGACACCAUGUCCUCCACCCUCCACCCCGUCUUCCACCCCGGUGCAACAGCCCUCAUCACCGGCGCCGCCUCAGGCAUCGGCCAAGCCACAGCCCGGUUCUGCCGCAUACACGGCAUGAACCUCGUCCUCAUUGACAACGACCAAGAAGCCCUCAACUUUGUAGCAUUAACUCUGCCCUCCACCAUCGUCCCCUUCAAGACCACAACGUCCGCCCACCACAUCGACGUCUCCAACCCUUCCGACUGGCAAUCCCUCCACGCCUCCAUCGCCCCCACCUACCCUAAUGGAAUCGACCUCCUCUUCCUCAACGCCGGCACCAUGGUCCAACCCACAGACGGCAAAACCGCCUGGACAGACCCAUCCUACUUCCAACGAACCCUCGCAGUAAACACACUAGGGUACACGAACGGCAUAGCCACAUUCCUCGACGACAUGACUCGUGACACUAUAUCCCCGCGAGCGAUUAUCCUGACGGGGUCCAAACAGGGUAUUACCAACCCGCCCGGCAACCCGGCGUAUAAUGCCUCCAAGGCCGCGGUGAAGAGUAUUGCCGAGCAGUUGAGUUAUAGUCUGUAUGAGAAACAUCCCAAUGUGGCUGUGCAUUUGCUGGUUCCGGGGUUUACGUAUACCGGAAUGGUGAGGAGGCAUUUUACGGAGAAGCCGGAUGGGGCAUGGUUUCCUGAGCAGGUGGUGGAUUUUUUGAGUCGGGGGAUGGCCGAGGGGAGGUUUUAUAUUGUCUGUCCCGAUGGUGAGGUCUCUGAGGAUUUGGAUAAGAGGAGGAUGUUGUGGUCGUGUGGAGAUGUGGUUCAUGGGAGGCCCGCGUUGACGAGGUGGAGGGCGGAUUGGAAGGAGCGGGCGGCUAUGGGGAUUGAGGAGAUGAAUAUUGGGGAGUAAUUGGUCUGGAUCAGU